AUGGAUGUUGAAUGUGGUAAAUGUGGUGAAGCAAAUUAUAGCGACCAUUCACCUUCUGCUAGAAAAACCUACACAUAUAUGCCUCUUGGACCACGGUUAGUCAGGAUAUACGGUGAUGACUAUAUUUGCAAACUGAUGUUUUCAAGACCAGAUUUGAGUAAUGGGAAGCUGUCUGAUAUUGCUGAUGGCAAUCUUUAUAAGUCAUGGUUUCAGAGAGGAGGUGUAUUUGAAGAUACAGAAGAACGUUGCACUGUGCCGUUAGCAUUAUUUUGUGAUGGUCUCAAUCCACAUAAAAGUAUGGCAACACAGAAGUCAAUGUGGCCAUUGAUGUUAACGUGGCUUAAUUUACCUAUUCCAGUAAGGUACAUCCUAGGACCAAUGAUGCUUGUUGGAAUUGUGCCUGGAACAAAAACUGAGGAACCAAAGAACUUGGAUCCUUAUUUAGAUGUCCUAGUUGAUGAACUGUUGGAAUUGUCAACAUGCACCAUGUAUGAUGCUUACAAAGGAGCUCCAACAACUGUAAAAGUUGCCCUGUUACAAUAUCUUUGUGAUGUUCCUGCAUUUAGCAAAGUGUUACAUGUGUCCAGCCAGACAGCCUUACGUGGAUGUCCUUAUUGUAAGGAAGAAGGACAAUACUGUAAGUCGUUGCACAAGGUGGUGCAUUUGCAUAACAGACCAUUUCUGCCAUUACAACAUGACCUUAGAAACAAUGAAAAUGAAUUUGCCUUAAAGGGAAAAGAAACGUCAUCAAAACCUGUAUCCUUUACUAAGGAAGAAGAACUGGAAAUAAGAAGUCGGUAUGAUGGUUUACCCAAUCAAAAUCAAAAAUCCAUUCUUCAAAAACAGACCGGGUUAAAAGGUACUUAUAGUUUUAUGAGACUGCCAUACCACAACAGGAAAGAACAAAUGCAGCCUGAUGGUAUGCAUACCAUUGCAGAUGUCAUAGGGAAUGUAUUGGGAAUGGUAACAGGAAAAGAUGACAACAAGAAAGUGAGAAAUGGUGAAGAAGAUUUUAAUCGAUUUAAAGAAACCUGGAUUAAAAGAGAUGACGAAGAUGCUGAACCAUGUUCAGAAGUUACCAGAAAAAGAAAAAAUGACAACCAAAGCAAUGCCAAGCAGAAAAAGCAAAAACUGCAAACAGAGAUAGGUGAAGAGUUACCAAAGGCACCAUGGAAGGUGGACAAGCCUGGUUUGAAGGUGGCAGAUACAAGAGCUAAAAACCUUGUUUACCCAAUAGGAUACGAUUACCUGGCAGACAAUCAUUUUUCGAAGCCUUGGACAUUGAGGACAAUGCAUGGAAAACAUCAGUUUGUCAAAAGUGGUGCUGCAUUAUGGUGCUUGCGAGGACUACUGCCAAAGAGACAGGAAAAUACACUUAGAAAGCUGUUUUCAGCUAUUGAUAUGAUGACACACGAAAGCUAUGACAGUGAUGAAUUAGAUGAUAUUAUACAGUUCACAAGUGAAGCUAUGUCUUUGUUGGAGAGAGAUUUCCCUAUUGCCUUACAGACAAUUACUACUCAUUUAAUGCACCACAUUCCAGAAGGAUAUGCUGAUUUUGGACCUUUGUACGGGAGGUGGUUAUUUCCCUUUGAAAGGAUAAAUAGUUGGAUCACACGCCAAGCAUUGAACAAGAACAAAAUAGAAGCAACCAUCAUGGAAACUUAUGCUAUAUAUGAUUGGUGUGUUUUUAUGAUAAUGUCAGGGAAGAUAAAGCAAGAUGACAUCAAUAUUGGAAAACUAGAAAAACUCCUGCUGGACGAGGUAAUAGAUGAGAUGAAAACUUCAAUUGGGAAAAAGUUUUUCAUUCCGGAUACUGUUCUGUCACAUAUGUCCGAGAUAUACGAUUUUUGUCUACUACAACGAAUGACAAAUGAAGGCAAGGAAGUUAGUUGUUGUACCAAGUUAUAUGGGAACACAGGAAGAGAGAUGAAGUACUCUUCUGUUACAAAGCAGAGAUCAUCAGACACAUUUGUGUAUGCAGUGAAAAUAGGAGAUGAUUUUGUCGCAAAUCAAAAUUGUGUCAAUUCACUGUCAGAUAUACUGUUUGGUAACAUUUCUAAAAUAUUUGAACACUCUUGGCAUGGAAAAAGCUACACAUGGCUUUUGGUGGAUAUUUAUGAUGAUGUCAAGUUUGAAAAUGGAUUUUGGAGUACGAGUGAGCAGUUUAUUUCGCAGAGACCUCUUUUAUUGCAGGAUGUCAGUGCUCCCCAGGUCGUUGGAAAGGAAAGCAACCGGCUCUAUUUUGUCAGUGCAUCAGUAUCAUUGAAGGAUUGAAAUUGAUUAUGUUGAUCUAUGUUCAAUUGUUUUCUAUACUUUAUAUAUAUUAUAUUGUACAUGUAAUGAUGUCAAUUAAAAAAUUGUAAUUAGUAAAAAUAAUAUGUUUAGCUAAUGUUAUAAACUUGGCUGUUUCAGUUUAGUUUUUUGGCCCUACCUAGGGCAUUAUGUGAAACGGUCUAUGCGUCUGUUUGUCUGUUUGCUCAUUUGUUUGUCGAGCUUAGGUUGAUGUUUUUUGUCCAGGUAGUUUUUGAUGAAAUUGAUGUCCAAUCAAUUGAAACUUAGUAUAUGAUCUUUCUAGUUUUAAUAUCAAAUAGAGUUUUGACAUUAAUUUUAUGGUCCACUGAUUAUAGAAAAUGA